GAUUUUGGAAUACGAAGAAGAGAGUUCAGGUUCAAAGUUUUGUUGCCGAAUGGAACUAGUGUGGAAUUGACAGUGUGGAGUGUAGAAACUGAGAUGCAUUUUGAGGAUUUUGUUGGAUUAGUUCGAGAAAAGUAUUUGGAACUUCGGAAAAAAUGUGAAUGGAUGAAGAAGAAAAGGGAUAUAAAUUGGAAGGGAAGUGGUUUGUAUCUUGAGGAUGUUGGUGAUAAUAAGAUAAGAAAUGUUAUCGAGUUAAAAAAUUUCAUGCCUCGGAAGUGCCAUAUUUUGCGCCUUAAUGAUGGGAGUAGCGAUGUUGCUCAGACCUUUGAGAAUAUGUGGGACUUAACACCGGAUACAGAUUUGCUACUGGAGCUUCCUGAAGAAUAUAAUUUCGAAGCUGCUAUUGCUGACUUGAUUGAUAAUGCUUUGCAAGCUGUGUGGUUCAACGGGAAAAAUAGUCGGAAGCUAGUCAGAGUAAAUGUUACUGACGAUAAGAUUUCAAUUUUUGACAAUGGUUCUGGAAUGGAUGACUCCGAUGAGAAUUCACUAGUAAAAUGGGGAAAGAUGGGUGCUUCGGUUCACAGAUUAUCAAAAUCAAUGGCUAUUGGGGGAAAGCCCCCAUACUUAAGGGUAAUCUUCAUUUUUGUCCUCUUUCACCCUUUAAUCUUUGUUAUAGGACAAACAUUUUAA